GAAACAGACGGGGAAACAGAUGGGUGGGGGAGAAGAGGUAUAAGGAGUAUAAAAGCCUUGCUAAACAGAAUAAAGAAAUAUCCCCAGAGAGAGAGAGAGGGAUUCUGAAAGAGACUUUACCAGAGAGUUGACACCAUAACUAUCUUCUUAGGACCAAGAGACCGACAGACAGCCAGAGUGAGGAUGAGGACUCUCCUCCAGUGUGUGGCCCUGUCUGUCACCAUCUCUCUCUGCGUCUGCUACGAUUCUCAAGAAAGCACGGAAUCCUUUGAAGAUGUGUUUGUCAGCCCUUCCCGAGCCAACUCAUUCAUCAACCCACAGAGGGGAAGUGCCUACAACACUCCAUCAAGAGGCAGCACUUACAGGAGAACAAUGAAGUCUCCAGCGGAGAGGCGCACAGAGACAUGUGAGGACUACUCUCCCUGUCGCUUCUUUGCCCAUCGCUAUGGUUACCAGCUGGCCUAUCAGAGAUAUUUUGGCGCCAGGAAUCCAGGCACGACGGGGAGCCGUGGAUUCUGAGUCCCUGUCCAUCUUAUCAUAGCAAUUAUUCCUGCUAUUGAUUUACUGUACGCUCAUUCAACACACUCUGACAUUACGUAACAGGAUAUUGGUUCGGUGAUGUAACAGUGAAAGAGAUGUGACAAAUAUAUGAAAACAUAUCAGUUAAUCAAUUACGUAUAUAGUGAUCCAAUAAUCUUGCGCAUUUAUAUAAUUCAAGCGCCAUUUAUUGUAUAACUUUAUAGCCUACUCACAAUCACCACACCCUCAAAGAAGAACUGCUUUCAGAAAUCUGUGUUUGUGAAGAUUAGCUUCACACCCACCUCCAUUGUUCCCUUUUUCCAUCCACACUAAGGCAACAGUCUUCAUCCAACCCAUAUGUAUUUAUAUGUAUUAAAAAGUGUUUUUGAAGAGUUUCUUA